AUGCCACAACCCAAAGCACCUUCCCAUGUGACGCCCCAGACAAAAUACCUCUAUCGCAUCGGCAGAGGCGAACUCGGCGUACUCACGGUCGAGCCAUACAAGUCCGCCAUCCUACCUCUGUGGCGCUUCAGGACGGCAGAGAUGGCAAGGAAGUCGUCCGGGCACAUCUAUGACAAGUUUUUAGACUACGAUGGGCAGGACGACUUUGUAGGCAUGGACAUGUGCCGCAAGUUUUUACAGAUGGGUAUGACGCGGGCAAAGCGGUACGCAAACCACGCAGGGGGCCGCAAGUAUGAUAAGAACACGGGCGAGGAGCUCGAAAAGAGCGGAAACCACUUGGGGCGGGAGGAGAAGCUCGAGGCUUCGUUAAUCUUCAAAGAAGCAUGGGAGAAGGCCAAGACCCACAAGGGAUAUUUGGAGAAAAAAGCAAGGUUCAUGGCGGGACAGAAGGAAUGGGAUAAAAAUAUGAGGAAGAAUCCCAGGAGCCAGGAAGAUAAUAGCUGA